AUGGAUUAAGACGGAUUUAAUUUCUAAACCCUAGAAUCUAUAUUAAAUAGAAUUGGGGCUUCAAAUUGUAAUUUAAUAGCAUUAAGAUUAGAUUAGUAACUAGCCCUGUUUGAUAAAAAGCUUUUUCUGGACACGCAAACAUCAGACAUCUUAUAUCAAGAGAAAGAUUAUUUAUAUCAUCUAAUCACAAAGAAGAAGAAUCUUGAAAUCAAUCAAAUAUAGAAACCUGCAUAACCCAUUCCGUUAGAAUUCACCAAGUUUAAACAGCUAAAUGACUACCUAAAGCCAACAGCUUGGACUUUAGAAAUAAUUGGACCUUCACUAAGUUUUAAGUCCCAAAUAUUAAGAGACAUGGCUGAGACAAUGUCUUAAAAAAAUAUCUAAAUUCUCUAUAUUAGCAUUCACGAGGAAUAUUCAAACUAAAAAUUUAAAGUUAUCAAAAUGAGAUAACCAAAAGAAUUAUUUAUUUUACUUUCUAUUCUAAUAGAGAGUCAAGAAUAACGUAAUAAUUCAGCUAUGAUUAACAGAUUAUAACCUAAUAAUAAUUGAUGGACUGAGUUCUCUAUUGUACCAAACAGCACAAAUGAAUGUCAUUGAAAAUUAAUUGUAAGAACUUCAAUAGCUCUUGGCCUUACUCAAAGAAAAAAAAGGAGUCCAAGUAGUUAUCUCAUCAAUUGCAAAAAUGAGAGAAAAUUACACUAGUUAUAAUUAAACUUAGGAUUGUAAUUUAAUAAUUUAAAUAAGUAGAAUUUAUAAGUCAAGAUAAAAUCUUUUAAAAAACUAUAUUAAAUAAUCCUUGGCAAUGUAUAUGGUAAGCUCAGCUGAGUAUAUAGAGAAUGGUAGAAACCAAAUAUGAUUACAAUGAAAAUUUGAAUAAAAACACUCUAAAAUUUUAGUAUUUUUGCUUUUAUGAUGGAAUCAUUAAACCUGAGAUUGGUAUUCUAUUAUGA